AUGUCACUCGAUUACAUCGACUCGUGCUACAGUAAUCGCAUUUUAAGUUCUCUUAACCAACAAAGGAAAAAUAAUGAACUUUGUGAUGUGGUUAUUAACGUGGGAGAACAGUCUUUUCACGUCCACCAAAACGUUCUGCUUUGUAUCAGUCCAAAGGUGAGAAGCCUCACCUCCCACUGUGACAUUGGCUUAUCAGAUGAGCUUUCUAUCAAUAUAGACACAAACUACAUGAGUGCCUCGUCAGUGGAGGAACUCUUGAAUUACUUUUACACUGGUAAGGUUAGUAUCACCAUGGAAAACGUGACGGAGCUACUAAGGGGGGUGAAGCUGUUUGAAAUCAAACGGUUAAAGAAUUAUUGCACGGAAUAUAUGCAAGCUUUCCUUAACAAAACCAACUGUUUUAGGGUUUUAAAAAUAGCUGAGAGCCAUGAUCUGCAAGAGCUUGCUGAAACAGCCUACAAAGUUAUCCGAGAUCAGUUCUUUAGCCAUGCAGCGAGCAAAGACCUUUUAGCUACCCCAUACAAGGUAUUUUCCAGGCUGAUUAAGGAUGAGAAGCUGUAUGCUCAAAAUGAAGAUCAUUUGUUCCUGACCAUGCUCAAGUGGACCAAACACAUGCCAAACAGGGUGAAACAUUUUGAGACGCUCUUCUCAUACCUCCAUCUGAGCAAUAUUUCAAGACCCAUUCUGCUCAAGCUCAGCAAGGAGGAGGACCUCAUCAAGAACAAUGUGGCCUGCAUUAAUAAAAUUAUGGAAGUGGUAGGACAUAAGAAGACAGAUGGCCCCAGAGACAUCAAUGUGUCUCAGAGGAAGGGAACUCUGAUAGAAGCGGUUCUCGUUCUGGGUGGACACAAAAUCGACGGCCAUUUCAGCAACAAAGUAUAUGCUUAUUUGAUCGCAGACAACAGAUGGGUAAAAGUGACUGACAUGCCAUACAAUGCAGCUGCCCCUGGUGCUGUUAGCCUAGGAAAGUACUUGUACCUGACUGGAGGGACUAAUGAACUAAAUCCCAGCCUGAAGGCAGCAUGGAGAUAUGAUUUGGAUAAAAACAUAUGGAGCAAAAUGCCAGACCUACCUGUUGGCCUGGUUUUCCACACUAUGGUGGCCUGCAGAGGAUCUAUAUUCACAGUAGGGGGCAGCAUUGCUGCCAAAAAGUACAUCUCUAACAUCUACAAGUUUGAUGAGGAAGAGGACAGGUGGGUGACCAUUGGGAAUAUGAGUGUUCCUUUGGACUGUGCAGAGGCUAUUCCCAAGCACAACAACAUUUAUAUUGUCACUGGGAGAUGCAUGGUAAAUGACAAGAUCAGCAGGGUGGGGGUUGUGGACUGCUUUGACGUCACUUGUGGAACAGUAAAGAAAUGUCUGACUUUCCCAAUUGAGUUCAGGCACAGGCCUAUAGUUUCAAUCCACAAAGGGGACAUGAUUAAAUUACAAAGCCACAAGCAGAGCUUGGACAUCAACAUGCAGAAAUGUAAAGUCGUCAAAUGCCCUAAUACCAUACCUCUUCUGCCUAAUAACGCCAAAUUGGAAAUAUCCUAUGCAGUGUGCCAGGUUGGUGACAAUGUGUUUGUGUGUGGAGGGACAACACCAGUGGAUGAGGUGAACAAUGUAUUCACUAUCAACCAAAGUGCUUUUCUAUUUAAACAAAAAAGUGGCGAGUGGGACAUUCUGGCCAAACCAAUUGAGUCAAUGGACAGCUCGGCAUGCUGCAGAGCUAAGCUGACAUGGAAGAUUGGGCAAACAUGUUUAAAACCUGAAAUCAAGACGAGUUUAAUCAAAGUGUCAGAUCUACAAUAA